AUGGCAGAACCUUGUAGCAAUUUGUAAUAUGACAGUUAAUAAUAAUUUUCGAAGUAUCUAAUUUGUUAUGGCAAAUUCUUAUCUUACCACGGCACCGUGUAAAAGCCACGAGUUCUGGAUAAUACAUUCGUUAAUUUAGAAGUGAUAUGUUUUAAUGUCCAUUAUUUACCACCCUACGCAACUUUUCAGAUAGCAUGGCACAUAGAAACUCCUGCAGCCACUUUUGUACUGCUACGAACAUUCCUGUUGCUGAAAUUCUUAAAAAUAAGGAUGUUGUUUGUGCAGACUGCGAUUCAAGAGGACCAAAUUUAUGGAUUUGUUUGUAUAAUGACUGUUUUAAAAUCGGAUGUUCGGAGAAAGACAAAGACCACAGCACUGAACACAAUCAUGACUUACCCAUGCACUGCAUACACAUGAACCUGUCGACGAAGAGAAUAUGGUGUUACCAGUGUCAAUCGGAAGUAUUCAUAGAUGCCCAUCCGACGAUGUCGUGUGCAGACAGUGACCAGGACGCGGACGAUUACCAUUCGAAGUCGCACGAUUCUGGCCACGGCAGCUACAGUACCUUAAGAACAAACACCCCUGAUCGAAACAGGGCAUUCCCAUUCGAUCGGACAGUAGGUCUAAAUGUGGGUAUGAAUGGGGACACGUCAGAAUCAAGCGAUGGUGAAGACAAUGUGAGAUUACAACCGAAUAGAAUGGUCGGUCUCGUGGGAUUGCAGAACAUCGGAAACACAUGUUACAUGAAUGCCGCCCUGCAAGCUUUGAGCAACACGAUGCCCCUAACGAAUUUCUUUUUGGAAUGUCCAUCCACCGUUAGAUUACUUUCGGAAGGACGAAAGCCUGGAUUAAGUAGAACGUACUUGGAGCUCAUGAAAGACAUGUGGGUUAAAAAGACCGGAGGAUCAGUUACGCCUUCAGGCAUUCUAUAUGGUAUCCGGAACGUAUAUGCAAUGUUCCGCGGUUAUCAUCAGCAUGAUACCCAAGAGUUCUUGCGUAAUUUCAUGGACCAGUUACACGAAGAGUUGAAACAGUUGUGCCCACCAGAACCAGCCGGAAACGACCUGGACACGUUCAGUCUGGCCAUGGACGAACCAACGUUGAGUUCGAGUUACGACUCAAGUGAAGGCGAGUACGAAACGUGUGAUUCGGGAGUAAGCGAACGCUCUAGUUUAAGUGAUGAUGCAGAAAAUACGUCGAACACAACGAAACGUCGGCUGUCUAGAUCUACCAGUCCUGGAAGGCGGUUAAGAGCUAGGAUGCAGAAUAAACAGCCCACUGUGGAUACCCAACCGUGUUCAAUUUCGUCUACGAAAAAGCCCCCCAAGUAUCGUUCCAUAAUAUCUGAUGUGUUUGACGGCAAGUUGCUCUCGUCUGUACAAUGUUUAACAUGUGAUCGCAUUUCCAGUUGUAUAGAAACGUUCCAAGAUUUGUCAUUGCCCAUUCCGUCACGCGAUCACUUGGUAGUAUUGCACGGACGAAGUACCGGACCAGGAGUUACCUGUUCUGAAGCCGUUAUUCCCGUUCAAGAGGGAUGGCUCGCAUGGAUACUUGCGUGGCUCAAGUCGUGGUUUUACGGCCCAACCGUCUCCUUACAUGAUUGCCUCGCCGCAUUUUUUAGUACCGAUGAACUUAAAGGAGACAACAUGUAUAGUUGCGAGAGGUGUAACAAACUGAGAAACGGUAUAAAAUUCAGUAAAGUAAUGCAAUUACCAGAAGUGCUUUGCAUCCACUUGAAACGAUUCCGACACGAGUUGAUGUUUAGUAGCAAGAUUUCGUCUUUCGUCAGUUUCCCGCUUAAAAACCUUGACAUGCGUCCCUAUUUGCAUGACAAUUGUGUUUCCAAGGUGACAACAUAUGAUUUAUUCUCUGUUAUAUGUCAUCAUGGUACUGCUGGUGGUGGACACUAUACUUGUUACUCGUUGAAUGCAGGCGAAUGGUACGAGUUCGACGAUCAAUAUAUCACCAAAGUUACUCCGGAAACAGUUCAAAAUUGCGAAGCUUACGUGCUUUUUUAUCGUAAAAGCACGAACGCAGCCGAAGCACUUCAAAACAAAAUUAUCGAAAGCGCUGAAACGAUCGAGAAUGACUCAAAAGAGUUCGGAUAUGUUUCGAAGCAAUGGCUUAAUAGAUUUUAUACGUUCGCCGAACCAGGACCGAUAGAUAAUAGCGAUUUUUUGUGCCAACAUGGUUCGAUUCACCCGGAACGUAUCUCAGUUUUAGACCAAGUGGCUGAAGCGUUGCCCAAAGUUACAUGCGACCUUCUUUACAGGCAUUUCGGUGGUUGUCCACCCGUUACAACAGUGCACAUUUGUCCUGCAUGUCAGAAUUUACUUCAACGUGUCACUUUAGAGCUGGAGACUUUCUAUCAGAUUCGUAGAGAUACUCAGAACCAAGAUACGCCUCCUACACACCUGCUUUCAGUCUCUUGGUACUCUCAAUGGCAAAACUUUGUCCAGAAAAGGACAACUGAACCUCCAGGGCCAAUAGAUAACUCCAAAAUUACUGUGACACUAUCAGACUCAGAAUAUUUUGAGAUAAACGAGAGCGUGUGGAACUUCUUUUAUAAUAUUUAUGGCGGCGGUCCGGAGAUUUUGAUUCCUCGUGUGGAACAAGAAGACCAUGACGCAGAAGAAAUCGACGAGGAAGAUGAAACACCAUUGUCAACGGUAACGUUCAAAAUACCGACGUUAAGGAAGGCAGAGGAACAAAAAAUUAAUCCAAGUAUCUAUUCGCAUGGCGAACCUAUGGACACGGAAUCGGAAAAGAAAGUUCAGCUGACAUAUAACGGUGGCCUGAUCGAAGGCGAUACGACGAUAUGCCCAAGACCUAUGGAACAAAAAUCGGAAUCUACUCCAGAACAAUCGGUGAUUCCGUCGGUGCUUUGUAACGGUCACGAUCCUGCUUUAUUGACAGAAAAGGAAAAGCCGGAUGAAAUGAAAGGGGAACAUCAAGGGCUUGAGCACAAAUACAAACAGCAUUUCAGGUACAAAACAAAACAAAAAAAUAGGCACCAUGUGCACGGCGGAAAUAAUAUUGCUGUUAUUUCAAACGGUUCGGUAAUGACAUUAGACGGGGUGGAAGGAGGUCAUAAAUAAUUGAAUAUUUUUUUUAAUAAAAAAGUUAUUGUCGAGUAAAUAAAAUGUACAGUUCGGUUUAUUGCGCUAGAAGGGACGAUGGGAAGAAAGGAAGGAGGGAUUUAGUGGUAACAGGGGGUAGCACAGCUAUGUAAUUGGUAUUCAACAUUGCCCAACAUGUUUAUACAUGACAAAUAAGUUUUCUUGUGUUUUUCUUUUAUUUAACUUCAAGAAACUUUUGUUCCCAUAGACUGUUUUGCGUCUGAUUUUUUAUGUAAAAAUAACAAAAAGAGGCACUUACCGUUUCUCUUCCACGUCCUGUUAAUCUUAUUUAUAAAUCAGCAACAUAUUACUUAAAUAAAUAGGAUUCUACACUAGGUUGAAACAUAUUAACCAAAUCUUCUGCAAAUUGUAAGUAACGAUUUAAAUCAUAUAGUCAUAGUAAUAGACCCUUUACAAAAAAAUCAUUCAUGCUUCGCGUUUUGAAGGCUGUUUGUUCUCUUUGUGUGGUAAUGUAUUUAAAGCUGAAUUUAAUUUUUAUCUAAAUAUUGUAAUUUUCAUGAAUUGUUUGUACCAAUACCUGGAUGUUGUUCUUAAUAAUUUUGAAGUGAAGUAUGGGUGAAAUUUGUAUUUCACAUUGAAGCAUUUUGCCAAAAUAAAAAAACGAAGUGCUAAAUUCUAUUAAUAAUUUUAUAAAAUAGGAUAACAAUAAGUCAUUUUUAAAAGAUAAAUUUUCCUUUAUAUUCUUAAAAAUUUGUUGUUAUCUAAAUUAAUUUAAACAAUAAUACAUCUUUUAACAUAUAAUACUUAGAAAUUCUUUUUAGCCCUAUGAUACAAAACCAAAUAUGUAGUUUGCAUUUAAGGAAAUUCUUUUUGUUAAAAUUUCCGAUAUAAGUUUAUUAUUUUCGAAAUGUGUUGGUGUUGUUGUAUUGAAAGGAGAUAAAUGCUCAGUAUUUUUUUCAAGUGCUGAUUUAAGUACAUAAUAGUGUUAACGAAUUAGUAUGCUUUAGUGUUACAUUGGAUAGGAAGAAAAUUGUGAUAGAAUCACUUGCGUUGCAGGCUAAAGUUAUAAACAAUAGACUAUAUUGUUUUGUGUUAUAUUAUUAGCUGGUAUAUAAUUUCGUUGUAUUUAUAAUAAUUAUCAUAAUGUCGUACUGUCAUUCCUUAAAAGAUAAAUACCUACUGUUGUCUAAGACGAUUAUUAACUACGUCAACUUUAUUUAUUUGAAUUGGUAAUAUAAACAAUAUUGUAAAUUGA